GAGCAGACAAAGGGUGCGUCGGUUUGUUCCGACCGGAGGGAAGCGCGGUCUCCAUUUCCUUCUGGCCGCGUUGGGGACUAGUUGGCCCUGUGGAGGCAGCUGCAAGGAGGAGCGUCCCGAUCUCCGUUUGUGUGCCUCCGUGUGGCGGUGCGUGAAUGUCCAGGGAUCUUGACAGCGAAAGUCGGAGCAGCGCCUAGUUAAGUUGCUUUUACAGAAUAAACAGGUCUCCAAGAAAUAAAAGGAAAAGGUCAUUAUUGCUGUGGUUUGAGCUCAGCAUGGCUGUAGUCAUCCGUUUACUGGGGCUUCCUUUUGUUGCGGGUCCUGUGGAUAUCCGUCACUUCUUCAAGGGAUUGACUAUUCCUGAUGGAGGAGUGCAUAUAAUUGGAGGGAAAGUUGGGGAGGCUUUUAUUAUUUUUGCAACAGAUGAAGAUGCAAGACGUGCCAUAAGUCGCUCAGGAGGGUUUAUCAAGGAUUCAUCUGUAGAGCUUUUUCUUAGUAGCAAGGUAGAAAUGCAGAAGACCAUAGAGAUGAAAAGAAGUGCUCGUGUAGGAAGAGAGCGGCCAGGAUCUGGGCCAUCAGGGGUUGGCAACAUGUAUCAUUUUAUUGAUGCUCUGAAGGAAGAGGAAAGUUAUUCUGGAUAUGGCUCUUCGGUUAAUCGAGAUGCUGGGUUUCAUACAAAUGGUACAGGACUUGACUUGAGGCCAAGAAAGACCAGGCCAUUGAAGGCUGAGAACCCUUACUUGUUUCUACGAGGUUUGCCUUACUUAGUAAAUGAAGAUGAUGUCCGUGCCUUUUUCUCUGGGUUGUGUGUUGAUGGAGUGAUUCUCUUAAAACACCAUGAUGGCCGAAAUAAUGGUGAUGCUAUAGUAAAAUUUGCUUCAUGUACCGAUGCUUCAGGAGGUCUUAAAUGCCAUAGAAGUUUCAUGGGUUCAAGAUUUAUAGAAGUCAUGCAGGGUUCAGAACAACAGUGGAUUGAAUAUGGUGGUACUGCAACCAAGGAUGGUGACACUCCUCGUAUGAGAUCUGAAGAACAUUCUCCUUCAAGAAGACAUUUUCGGAAAUGGUCUCAUUCAAAAUCUAGAACACGUUCUCGCUCCCCUCUUGGAUUUUAUGUUCACUUAAAAAAUCUGUCCUUAAAUACUAACAAAAGGGAUUUAAGGAAUCUCUUUAGAGAUACUGACCUGACUAAUGAACAGAUUAAGUUUUUAUAUAAAGAUGAACGGAGAACACGGUAUGCCUUUGUCAUGUUUAAGAAUCAAAGAGACUAUAAUACUGCCCUGGGUCUGCAUAAGACCGUUCUACAGUAUCGUCCAGUUCUUAUUGACCCAGUUUCUAGAAAGGAAAUGGUGAAAAUCAUUGAAUGCUAUGAAAAGAAGAGACCAGAGUCUUUAGAGCACGAAAGGCCAGGGUGUGCUGCUCAAAAGUACUCUCAAGAAGGCUUCCCUGGCUCUGGGCAGAAGCUGUGCAUCUAUAUUAGAAAUUUACCGUUUGAUGUUUCAAAAGGUGAAGUGCAGAAGUUCUUUGCAGACUUUCCUCUUGUUGAGGAUGACAUUUACUUGCUUUGUGAUGACAAGGGGGUUGGUUUGGGGGAAGCACUGGUGAGAUUUAAAUCAGAAGAAGAGGCCGUGAAAGCUGAACGUUUGAACCGCCGAAGAUUCUUGGGGAUAGAGGUGUUGCUGAGACGUAUAUCUGAGGAACAAAUGCAGGAGUUUGGUGUCAAUUUUUCCUGGAUGUCUAAUGAGAAGACACAAGCCUGUUCCUGGUCACACGAUGGAGAUGACUGUUCUUGCCUGUUUGACUUAAAAGAUGCACCAGCAUGUUCAUUUGGCCAGUCUGAAAGCGUUCGUUAUCAGCCAAAAGACUUAAGGAAAAUGGGUCAUUUCAGGCACCCCCAAGGGUAUUUCCAGAGUUCUGAGAGGCACUCUCCUGAGGACUUCAGGUACUCCCGGGAAGACCAUAGGCACCCCAGGGAGGAACAUAGCAGGCACUCUAGGGAGGAAGACUGGAGACAGCCUUUUGAGGAUUGGAAAUGGCCACUGCAAGAUGAUUUUAGGCAGUCUCAUGAAAAAGAUUAUAGGCAGCUACCAGAGAAGGAUUUCAGAUGCCCUUGGGAAGAAGACUUCCGACAGCCAUCUCAGGAGCACUUCAGGAGAUCCUAUCAGGAGCACAUUAGACGGCCACCCCAAGAACAUUUCAGGCAUUCCCGAGAGGAAGAUUUCAGGCGUAUGGCAGAUGAAGACUUUAGGCACCCUUCUGAUGAGGACUUCAGGACCUUGCAAGAAGAUCUGAGACGACCCACUGAUGAGGACUUCAGGCAGUUGUCUGUGGAAGACUUCAGGGAAGUUCCAGAGGAGGACUUCAGACUUACUGAUAAUUUUAGACUUCCUGGAGAGGAGUUUUGGACCUCACCUGAUUUCAGAGGUCACCAUUCUUUUGGGAGGUUUGGUCAACUAGAAAGUGACAAAUUUGAUUUUGGAAAGUAUAAUAUGGGAAGUUUUCCUGAGGGAAAAGAUAUGUGUGAUCAAAAUUUAAAUUCUGGUUCAGGUAGAAUAAUUCCUGUUAAGAUCUCAAAUCUUCCAUUUAAAGCCGGUGCUGGUGAAAUUUUAGACUUUUUCCAUGGUUAUAAAGUCAUACCUGAUUCAGUUUCAUUACAGUAUAAUGAGGCAGGAUUACCUUUGGGAGAAGCUAUUGUUGCUAUGACAAAUUAUACUGAAGCUCUAUCUGCUGUUAAAGAGCUAAGUGGUAGACCAGUUGGUCCCCGCAAGGUGAAGCUUAGCUUGCUUUAGAGGGCCUUUCCAAGUGACCAGUUUUAUUCUACAGUAUUGAUGCAGUGAAAGUACAGGGUUUGGUUUGGUUUCUUAAGUUUAUUUUUAAUUAUUUAAAAAAUUUAAACUUGUGAAUAGAAAAACAUUGUCUUAUAAAUCUGGUUUCCUUUUGCUUACUAAUGGACAUGCUUAUUCUGCCCUGAUUUAAAAUGACAUAUGUUCUGUGUUUGA